AUGCCGAAGAUCACGACGAGUGUCAAGGCGAGAGUAGGGAAAGUAGGGAGGGACAUUAUUGAACAGGGCAAGUAUCCCCACCUAUCUGGCGGUCCGCCAUCGAAAGCGACAAGAAAACUGGUUCUGAACACAGUGUGUUCCUCCAGCUACUGGAAGACCAAACACGCCGAACCUGCAGGCAGUCUGUUUUCUUAUCUCAAGUACGGCGGCUACAACUUCGCGAAGACUGCCUAG